CAUAGCCAUAGCCUUGCCCGUUGUCGUAACUGUGCAAUGCUCUCUCACGACAUGAACCGUGGAUGCCACGCUGUAUUUGUUUCUCUGCGAUUUGGCUCUGGCCCGAGGUCAGCUAUGGAGUCCUGCUGCAAUGGCGUGCUCAAUUUACUUCGACAAAAUGGAUUCAACUGACCUGCCUAUGUCACGCGCAAUCUGAGCUGAACCGGGCUAUGGCUAUGGCGCUUCUCCCGCUUCUCUCGCCCGUUGCCUCGUGCUCUUACCUCCUCCUCUCCCACGAGGUCUAUGUGAGCUGCAUUCGGCGAAGAUCGUGGGUUGGUAAGAGAUUGGCGGGCUGGCGGGGGUGGUAUUAAGAUCCGGAGUUUGUAUUUUUUGUUUAUCUUGUUCUCGGGAGUCGUGGUUGGGGGCGCGGUUUUGGCGCGAUUUGGCUAUGGUUGUGAGAUUUGAAGGAGGAUUGAGGAUGCGGAAUGCUUGGUGAGAAAGAUUAAAAAAAGAACAAAAGAAAUUUAACCGAGGGAGCUUUUAAGUGCACGAGCGCUUGAGUGGUAAAUAGGUUGCUUAGUUGAGUUGGAGCGGGAGCUGGAUUUCGAGACAGGGUAGUUUAAACAGGAAGAUUUGGAAGGAUUGGGUGUCGUCUGGGCUCCCUUGUUUCUUGCCGUCGAAGAUUUCACCAGUCUUUGCCGUGUUGUGAGUGAUUAAGUUUCCCACUGAAUACGAUUUGCAAGAAAGUUUUAUGCAGAUGCAGUCAGCGGGAUGUUACGUUAUCUUGCAAUUUUUUAACGAUACCUCUAGCGCCUUACCGACUGAGAAUUGGAAAUAUUAAUGAAUACGAGCGGCUCCAAUGCUUGAAGAUUGUGGAACUGAAUCAGGUUGCGAAAGUGGCGAAGAGGGAAAGACUGUCUAAAAUUAUGUCGCUUUUUAUUUAUUUAUUUAUUUAUUUAUUUAUAUCUGCUAACUUGGAGUCUUUCAGUUUCAUCUUUCUCGUGGAUUUGGGAUAAGGUGAAUCAGUAGCUGCAUCUAGAAUUUCACGGGCUGCUGGAUUUGGUCAGUUGUGCAGUUCCUAUUCCUGUUAUGCAGAGACUUACAGAAAGACACAUUUUAGGUCUUGACUAGGUCCUGAAUUUGUCGUAUGUCAAUUUGAUAUUAGAUGGUAGUUGAUCGAAAUACUUUGGGGGGGGGGGGGGUAAUACCGUUCAGGUGUGCACAUUUCUUUCGUUUUCGGACACUUGUGGUUCCGAGCACCUUCUGAGAUAAGUCACUGCUCUUCGGGGCAUUCUGAUCUUUAGGCGGAACCCUGUGCGCACACCACGUGAAUGAAAGCUGAGCGUUGACGGUUCUAUAUCUGAAGCAGGGCUUAAUUUUCGAGUAGUAUUCCAUUACUCAUACAGGGAGUCCAAUGUACUUGUAGUAUCCAGCCUCUCGAGCCUGUUGUAUUAUUUAGGGUCAGCGAAGUUUGAGCCCCGGUUCCACAGCGAGAAAGAGGCUUAAGGGCGUGUCAACUGCGAACACUAUUUGUUUGUAUUUCUUGGUUUCAAUCAGGACCUUUUUACAGUAGUCAACUGUAGCAUAUCUGCACUUGCUUAUGAAAAUCUCUGAUAGUGAAAUAAUUUUCUUCUUGCUAGGUCUGCUUGAGAUAUAUCAACCAAUGCAUAAUUUAUUUUUUUUGGUUUUCCGAAGCAUCAUUUGAUCGUUGAAAAUGGGAUUGAGAAUGAUUUCUGAACGUUGUAUACAAGCAGAAAAUUUGCAGGAUAAUUACACCAAAAUUGCCUUAUCCGGGAUGAAUGGGAGGCAAGAACAGCAAGAGAGAGGAGCCAUGUGGUUCAACACCUCCCAGAGGAUCGCCUUCUACGAAAGUUUAUCGGAGUAGAUCUCUUCCUAUCAAAGUAUUCAACAGAAAGCUUGGUAACGAUUAUGGGGGUUCCGUCGAAGGGAAGCCUCUGCACGAGGAUGCAGAUGACAUUGACCAAAUUGAAGAGUAUAGAAGACUUGUCGAACUAGAGAAUUUACAUGGAAGAGACAAAACAGGUUUAUAUGGAUUUUCUAAGCAAUAUAUUACACGGAGUUGCAUUAAUUCUCUCCGAAGUUCAAGAGAAGAGAUAAUAUACGAAGAAGAGAAAGGUGAAGAGGACGACUCUGUAGCGAGAGAAAACCAAAGGCAGGUCAAAGUAGACAGCCUUAAAGCCAGUCCUAUCUGUUCAAGAGGUAGAAGGCGCAGUCGAUUGUCAUCCCAGUCUGCCCCUUGUUUUGCUGAAUAUUUGGGUGAAGCUGAGGGGGUUGCUGGAGCUGGCGUUAUUUCGAAAAAUGUUCUGAUUCAAUUAGACUCGGUUGUUGAUGCAUCUCCUCUAGGCGAGAAUCCUAAAAACUUCCGGGUCGAAGCCAUCGAAGGCACUAAUGCAACAUCCCAAGAAGAUGUGCUUGGUUCAGCCAACUGUGACGCUAAGCAAAGUGAAGUGCUCUCAGCUACUAAAUCUGUCGACAACUCUUCGAGUGUUGAGUCAUUGAGUUCUACCGGUGUUCUGAAAUUGAACUCUGAAUUGUCAUGUACCGAAACUGACUCGGAUGCUUGUGAGGGCUGCUCCUCUUUGCAAGCCAAUUAUUCCACAAUUCGGAAGGAUGACAAGGGUACAUGCACUCUGACUUAUAGUUUUGGCACUGUGUUGUCCUUAAAUGGAGCAUACUCAGACAUUAUCUUGACGGAGGCAUAUGACUGCGCAAUUCAGGUCCAGUACUCCGUGAAAUCUAGAACUUGGAAACGACUAAAAAGAAACAACUUCUCUAAAGAUAAGGAAAGCGAUAAAGAAACUUCUGGUAGAGGAUCUUUUGGCUGCGAGGGUGAAGAGGGCAUGACUGUUAAGGAUAAAGUGAAUCUACCUUUCAACAAUUCUGGGAAACGGCAGCAAGAUACACUGAAGGCUGAAUUUACAGAUACCGUGGACAUGGCUUGGAACUCUUCUUCUGGAAAGAGGAUCAAGGACAGAGUGGGAGGAGAGGAGGCUCUCUCAGACAUACAGCCGGAUGCUUUUGCAUGGGGAUUAGUGGGUGAAUCCGAUCCUUUUUUGGGAUUUGAUGCUGCUGAUUUCUUUGGGAAGGUCCCUACCCAAGGAGAUCAGAUGAGCGGUGCUUACAUUAGAAGAUCUCUUAGUAAGAUAAGCAAAGGUACAUCAUUGGCUCGCAGAGUGCGCGGUCUUAGAGCUUCUCCGAAGCCAGUGACAUCUUUGGAGAGUUGCCUCAGGGCCCAGAUAGCUGACCCACUUGAUAGAAACCGAGCCAAGUCAGUCAUCCGACCACUGAAGUUUUCAUCUUCAGCUGAGAAAGGGAAUCCUAAUGAUGUGAGCGUGAUUGGUUGCAGUGCAGCAUUGCCUUCAAGUAACGCCAACAUGGUUGAUGAAAGUAGUUCCAAAUCUGGGCUAUCUUCAGCUUCAACUGGUUUACCAAACCUGACAAAUCUCUCAAUUUUUUUGAAGGAGUAUGCUGUAAAGUUAGCAAUGACUAGCAAGGGCGAGAGUGACGGCGAUGUUGACACAAACCCUACAGUAGUCCCAGCAAAUUACCUGGUUUCAAGCAGUCCAUGCGAUGACAAUAGUAAGAAGAUUCUUCUGCCAGUUCUGUUAAAGAAACGAAAAGUAUCUGAUUCUAGGCGCUUCCUUUCAAAUGGUACUGAGCAGGGCCUUGAUAGAUCGAGUGCAGAAGGUUCCACAGCGACUACUUUUGAGACCCUGCUUUUUAGUUUUGGAGUGGCUCUUGGGGUGUUGUUUGGUGCUGGUCCACAUCAAAUGGAAGUGAAAAGGUUGAACCAGCUUCUGGACGAGACGCAAGCAAACUUGGAGGCUCUGAAGUUGGAACCUGGCACAAGGGAAAGUCCUGCACGCACAAAUGAUUCAGAGGCAGUGGGGAGGAGCCAGUAUGAAACACAGCAGCAACAUCAGAUGGCUGAGCUUGAAGCAGAGUUGGAGGCUGAACUUGAUCAACUCACGGGGAGGGAGUCCGCAGCGAUGGAGAGUCAAUAUUCUGUUUUGGAUGAGUUGGAUAUGGAUGGUGUUGCAUCGGUAGUCUAUGGUGAUCUGGAACCAACAGGCCUACCUGCUGGAGUUGAAGAAGAUUCAGAUGAUGAUCUUUCAGCUCUGGCACAGCCUGCAUGCUUGAAUAAUUACGCAGUUUCACCACGAGAACUUACGCGUUUACUGCGCAAACUGCAGAGAGCUCGUCAAGAAGAAUUAAUCACAGAAUUAGAAGGGGAACUUGAAGCAACUCAAUCAAAAUUACAAAACAGGGAGAAGGAGCUUGAGAUGUGGAAAGAUAGAGUGAGGCGCUUCACUGAAGUUUCAUUUGGUUCUGGUUCUGGUUCAGUUGAUGAAUGUGCGACUCCAGAUAGAUCUACUAUGAGCUUUGUCCCGGUUGACAAAAGCUCAAUCAUCAUAGAAGCAACUACAGACAUAUCGGUUGGUGUGAAAGGUGAUGAAGUAUCCAUUCAUUCCUCACUACAGACAAACGGCUAUGAGGUAGAAAAUCAUCCAGUAGAGUCAGGCUCUCACCUUGAACCUGUAUUGCGAGGAGAACCGAAAACAGGCUUGCAUCGUGAGCCUGCAAACCAGGAACCUCAAGACAUGAGAAGGAAUUCCCAGGGCAAUGGAUUGGCAGUAGAAGAUGAUGAUGUAUCCAAUGAGUUUUUGCAAUCAAUGAUUGAAUUUGAGGAUGACAGGCCAUUCCAGGGUGAAGUGAUUUAUAGGGACUGCAGACCAAUAUUAGAAAACUCUCAGAUUAUUACACAACUUAUUGAUUCGGUUCAUGAAUUGGAUUCUCAUGGCGCUUGUGGAGAGAGUGUUGAAUUGUGUAGUGUCACCCCAAGUGUUGGUCCUUUCUCCAGUUGUGUCUCAAUGGCAGAUACCUGGGAACAUCCUUUAGAAUCAGCCACUUUUGAAGGUCGCUUAUUUCCUCGAUCUAAGCUUUUAGUACCCUAUCCAAGCAGGCGCGCCUCAUAUAAUUCUGACUUUGGGCAACCAGUGCUCAUUAGGAGUCAAGAUAACGGAGGUUUCACCUCACUAGCAGAGCACGGCUCAACUACUAAAAGAUACUCUGAACUAUCGGAGUCAUUGAAAUCUGUUUCUGACAUGUCAGGGGUAGAGACUGCAGACUACAAACCUUGUGAGGCUUCUUUUUCUGUCAAGUACAAAAAUUCGACGACGAGACCAGCUUCUGAGCCCAAGGUUUCAGCUGGUGCCAAUCCUUCUUUCUGGGUUGGGGUUGGCCGGGCAGGAUUGACUACCCCUGUUGAAAAGGGGACAAAACUGCUCAAGGCGCCUCAAAACCCAUCUGUGCAGUGGCCAGGGGAACUAACCCCCACAGUGCAAGAGAAGAUAGCUCGAUGGGAAGGUCUAAUGGAAGGACAGACUCCCGGUCCUGCACCAGGGGCUGAUUGGGAAUGCCAAUCCCGAGCAUCAGAAACUAUUGACCAUCAGGACGCAACAAACUUCGAGUAUGACGAUAAUGUCUUUAGCGAGGACAAUUUGUUGUUGGAGACAGAAGAGAUACUUGGAAGGAUGUUGGUUCAGCGGAUCGUAGAGAAAUCUAAGCACGCCGCUGGCUCUCUUGUCAAGAAGGCACAAACAGCUCUUGCCACCUUAGAAAGAGAUGAUAGGAUCGAAGCAGAUGUCUAUUAUGGGGGAGAUACGUACAUGGAUGAACGGACUGACUCUGAGGUCUGUAUUUCAGAGAGGGCCUCUGAACUGAAGGAGGGUUGGAAUGACGAUCAAGUGGAACAACAGACCAGCUUUUUGGAUGAUGCUGUACGUGAGGAGUAUGAGUUCUUUCGAAGAUUGGAGAUAAUCAACAAAGACAGAAAAUCGAAGAAAGUUGUGAAGAAGGAGGCUGCUACGAAAGAGAUAGUGGGUUUUGCUACGGCUUCGGAAUCAGACCUGGAAUCGAAUUCACAGCUCUCUCCAGGUAGUCCACGCUCUGGAGUUUUGGAGGAGGAAUCAUCUAAGGAGAAGUAUGUGAAGCAAGUAGCUGAACCAAGCUCUAGAGGUAGUAGGGAUACCUGGCCAUCUCCUGGGCAUGCUCGGCAAUUUACCCUCGACAGAGGUAUUGAUGACAGGCGUGAUGAAGUGCGAAGUCGGAGACGGUUGUGAUUUAUGAAAAGCGAUGCUUCGGCUUGUCGAUCCUCUAUGCUCCAUAUCUAGAGUCCUUGUGAUGUUUAUGGGUUCCCGAGGUCAUGGCUAUGAGUCUUCUGGACACAUUCUCAACUGCAGAGAACAUGGUCCAAGCGCUGGAUGUGAGAUACGGAGGUAAUCAGAGAGCGAGUUUCAGAGUUCUUGAUGGUUUGGUAAGCUUCUGUGGGCCUGCUUGUAUUCAGACCCAUAAAUAGUACAGGCAGAUGUAAAUCAGAUUAGUAGCGUUCAGCGAUCCAAGGGAUAUUCCAUGAAUGCAUUGUGUUUUUUUGAGAAAGUUCUAAUGAUUUUGACAUAUUUCCACUGA